CAAGGCCCGCGCGCGCGCUUCUGUCCCGGCCCAGGCACCGGCGCCGGCUAUGGCUGCGGCAUCUCUUUUGCCCACGUUGGCCGCUCGGCUGCUCCGGCCCGCGCCGAGAUGCCGUCUCUUCUAUCAGCCCUUCCACCGCUCGGCCCUUCGAAAUGAAGCUGUUGUCAUUUCUGGAAGGAAACUUGCCGAGCAGAUCAAGCAGGAAGUGCGGCAGGAGGUGGAGCAGUGGGUGGCUUCAGGCAACAAGCGGCCUCACCUGAGUGUGGUUCUGGUCGGCGAGAAUCCUGCAAGUCACUCCUAUGUCCUCAACAAAGCACGGGCAGCAGAGGAUGUGGGAAUCAACAGUGAGACAAUUUUGAAACCUGCUUCAAUUUCAGAAGAGGAACUAUUGAUUUUAAUUAAUAAACUAAAUAAUGAUGAUAAUGUAGAUGGCCUUCUUGUUCAGCUGCCUCUGCCAGAGCACAUUGAUGAGAGAAAAAUCUGCAAUGCUGUUUCUCCGGACAAGGAUGUCGAUGGCUUUCAUGUCAUCAAUGUAGGGCGAAUGUGUUUGGACCAGUAUUCUAUGUUACCGGCUACCCCAUGGGGCGUGUGGGAAAUAAUUAAGCGAACUGGCAUUCCAACCUUAGGGAAGAAUGUGGUCGUGGCUGGAAGAUCCAAAAAUGUUGGCAUGCCCAUUGCAAUGUUACUACACACAGAUGGGGCACAUGAACGACCUGGAGGUGAUGCCACCGUUACAAUAUCUCAUCGAUAUACUCCCAAAGAACAGCUGAAGAAGCAUACAAUUCUUGCAGAUAUUGUGGUCUCUGCUGCAGGCAUUCCAAAUCUUAUCACAGCAGAUAUGAUUAAGGAAGGAGCUGCUGUUAUUGAUGUGGGAAUAAACAGAGUUCAAGAUCCCGUCACUGGUAAACCCAAGUUGGUUGGAGAUGUGGAUUUUGAAGGUGUCAGGAAGAAAGCUGGCUAUAUUACCCCAGUCCCUGGAGGUGUUGGUCCCAUGACAGUGGCAAUGCUAAUGAAAAACACCAUUAUCGCUGCAAAAAAAGUGCUGAGACUUGAAGAACGGGAAGUACUAAAGCCCAAGGAGCGUGGAGUGGCGACUAAUUAACUGUUGUGCUUUUUGCCUUGUGAACAGCACUCGCAGGCGGCUGAGAAGCAUAGCAGACGAUUAGGAAUGCAAUAUUUUUUAUUUAUUCUACUGAAAUGGUUUUUAAAAUAAAUGCUUUGUAUUUAU